CAUCAAAGACUGAAAUACGAUGAACAGUUCCUACCAAUAUAACUCGGAUAUCCAAACUUGAUCAAUUCGGUCUUCAUUGUCUCAGCCGGGUUGACACCAGUGCCAAAGUUGUCAUGUAUCUAUUAAAUUGACCGUUCUGUGCCGUUACUCGCCUCCCAUCAUGAUUGAUAUAUUUAUAAUCAUCCAUCAUCGGCUUGCCCUUCUCUCUCACCUGCAUUGUGGUUCCACGCCAGACAAUGGCUUCCUACGCACCACUCCAGACGUCAGAAGACCAUGGGUACGACUAUGAAGAAGAAGGCACUAAAGACCCCUUUCUUCAGGAACCAUUACGAGAAUCCAAUGCGAUAGACUCGGAGAACCCCUCGAGCCUAAAUGUGUCGCAGUCCCCAUCCAGACUAUCACAAUGGGCCACGAUAGGUCUCUCUUUGAUCUCGAUAUUGAGCGCUGGUGCCCUGUUCAUCGCUUCCACGCGUGUAGAACUUCCUGGUCCGCGGAGCGCG